AUGAGGUGGCUAAUCAACAGCAUCCACGUCCUGGCGCUCUUGUGCGCGCUUAGCAUCCCUGUAGCCAUUUUUAAUGGCACGCUCUUCUCAUGGCAUCCCACCCUGAUGGCUCUGGCCUUCCUGGGGUUAAUGGCAGAGGGAGUGGUCACAUCCAUCAUGUUCCGCAGCAAGGAUGGUCAGGAUCGCGUGCAUGCAAUUCAGAGGCAUCUGAUCUGGCAAGCACUCGGCUUUGUGUGCCUCUUGGGUGGAUUCUAUGCCAUAUACCAGAACAAGGCGCGCCUCUCCAUCCUUCCACCUUUCUCUUAUCACUUCAAGUCAGUGCAUGCAAAAUUUGGGCUGGCGACUUUCAUCUUUGGCAUCAUCGCUCCCCUUGGCGGCCUCAUCAGCUUCCGCCGACUGGGGCUGCUGAAGAAAUUCCCUGAGAAGUACCAGGCCAGGAUAAAAUGGGCACACCGCAACGUGGGACUGCUGACGUGGCUGCUGGCUGUGGUGACCAUCCAGCUGGCGCUGACUCACCCUGCAGUCUGGAAGGGGGCGCUGAGCAGGUGCUGGCAGGCUGGAGUGGGUUUGCUGGGAGCAGCAAUUUUGGCACUGGCGGCGCGCACUCGACAGGGCAAGGGGCGCGGGGGUUCUGUGCUGCCCAUGUAUGGGAUUGUAUUUGCAGCGGAUGAGACCAAGGCCUCCUGA